CUCAUCUCUACCCGUGCUGUGGAAACUUAACCUCAAAUCACCCUCAAAUAAAUAAAACAUUAAAAACAAGCCAAGUAAACAUUUUGUACAUAAAGUGCUUAUGUGCCUGUGAAAUAUUGCAUGCUGGAAUAUCAAUCUUGUUAAGCACUCCUGAAUAGAUAUGACGUUCAGAACAGGUAUUGACCCUAAAGUAUUCAGAGCAAUCCAACAUGUGGACAUGGAAGAACUUGCUAAAUGUUCAGAUGAAGAAAUUCGUCCUAUCCUUCCUUGUCUUGUUAGGAUGGGACUGAUAUCCCCAUUAGACACAUCCAAAAAAUGCAUGAACAUGAAAAUAAAAAUUUUAACAAUAGUAUCGGGCAUGGAAACUGUGAACUCGAUAGUAGCUUUGCUUUCAAUUGAUUUUCAUAAGUUAGAGAUAGAAGUUAAGAAAGAACAACAGCUAAGACAGAAAGGGAAUACUCUUCAGAGUGAUUCAAUAUUAAUGGGAAAUUUAUCAAACACUAACAUGGCUUUAGAAUAUGAAAGAAGUGAUAUGACUCGAAGACUCAGUAUUCUCCUAGGGGAGCUACUCUAUAUUCAAGCGCAAAUGCAAGAAAGCCCUGAUUCAACCUCUGAGCAAGACUCCUUCAUCAAAUCUUCUGAUUUAUUUGACAAUGAUAUUUUUGCUGAGGAGCUAUCUGACAUCAUUUGCAUUGCUCUAGCUGAGCUACCAAUGACACUGAGUAUCAACAACAUGGUAGAAACAUUGUUACAUGUACACAAUGGGCCAGCGAUUAUAUGCAGGAUUGUAGCAAACUUUCCUGAUUCUUUUAGAGAAGUCACUGCAAAUCUCAUUCAAGCUGGUGAAAAACAAGAAGAAAACAUCUCGAGUACAAUUCGUGCUUCAACUAUUUCGAUGCUUUGCAAGAUGAAUCCUUCUCAAGCACUGUCUGUUCGCAGUAAAUGUGUUGAAUUGUGUAGAAUGCCAGCUUUGACAAUCACUUUGACAUUGGAACAUAUAAACAAGGCUGAGCAAACUGAUGAAGAUGGUGAUAUGGUAGCUUUUGUCAGUGGAUUGCUCUUGGGCAAUGAUCAAACUAUCAGGAACUGGAUAGCACUAUUCAUCCGAACUGGUCAGAAACGUAAAGGAGAGGUAUCAAGCAAUGCUCUCCAGCAAUUGCGAGAAGAGUUAUUAAGACGUCUACAAAUCAUCAUUGAAGCAUCUCCGGAAGGUCAACUUCCUGACAGAUUAGUUGUUCAAGCAUCAGCAUUACUAAGACUGUAUUGUGCAUUAAGAGGUAUAGCAGCAAUUAAAUUUCAAGAUGAAGAAGUGAAUCAAAUUGUGCAGUUGUUAACUUCUCAUCCCAACCCUACACCUGCUGGUGUAAGGUUUGUCUCUAUCGGCUUAUGUAUGUUGAUAGCCUGUCCAUCUCUAAUCAGUGCCCCAGAACAUGAAAGGCGUAGCAUUGAAUGGGUACAGUGGCUGGUAAAAGAAGAAGCUUAUUUUGAAUCUGCCAGUGGAAUUACUGCAUCAUUCGGAGAGAUGCUGUUGCUUAUGGCGAUUCACUUCCAUAGCAAUCAGUUAAGUGCUAUUUGCGAUUUAGUGUGUUCGACACUUGGAAUGAAGAUUGUGAUUAGGCACAAUAAUAUGACGAGAAUGAAGCAAGUUUUUACGCAGGAGAUAUUCACAGAACAGGUGGUUACAGCACAUGCAGUUAAGGUGCCAGUGACAGCUGGGUUAAGUGCUAAUAUGACAGGGUUCCUCCCCAUACAUUGCAUACAUCAGCUUCUGAAAUCAAGAGCUUUUGCAAAGCAUAACGUCAACAUUAAAAGCUGGAUUUACAAGCAGAUAUGUACCAGUACAAGUCCGUUACAUCCAGUACUAAGAAUGUUAAUUGAAGUAUAUGUCAAUAGUAUUAUUUUACCAAAUGCUAAAAACUCAGAGCACACAAACAAACCUUUGACAGAAAACGAGAUCAGGAGGGUGUUUCAAAGCUCAGUAUUUGGACACUACUUUAAUCAAAAGCAGUCCGUGUUCACCAUGGACUUUGAUUUGAGUUCUGAAAAUCACGACGUUGUCGUUGACAGUACAAGUCUGACACCACAACUAUUGCUUCUAUAUUACUUGCUGUUAUAUGAAGAUUUUCGACUGAGUAACGCACACGCCUUGGCCUCCAGUGGGAGGAAAAUUAAACGCUAUACUCCCGAGUUCAUGUCAGAACUGCCUAUCAAGUAUUUGCUACAUCAUGCGCAAAAGGAUCAAAGCUCUUACUCUGGUUUGUUUGGUCCUCUGUUGAAACUGCUAGCAACUCAUUUCCCACAUCUAACCUUGGUAGAGGACUGGUUAGAUGACAUGUCUUUCCAUACCGAACAUAAGCCAGUACAUGUGAGUCAGAUGGAUGUCGUGGAAGCUUUUAGUGAUGUUGAAAGACAGCCAGCCAAAUGUGCCCGCCUAUUGAAGAUCCUUCUUCAGCGAGAUCCCAUAGAUGUGUGGCCCCAUGUAGAGGUAUUUGCUCAGAAUGCCAGAAAUUUCUUAGGAGAUAAUGUUGCUAGAUAUCUACAAGACUUGUAUCGCGAUUUGUGGUUCAGAUUGAACACUGUACUUCCAAGAAGGCUUUGGGUCUUGACAGUUAAAAACCUAGUGGAUGAUUUUUCCAGUUUGUCAAGGAUUGAUGUUGCCGAGGAUCCAUUGCAGAUACUGAGAUGUGAUGAAAGAGUCUUCCGCUGCGCUCCUAUAUAUUCCAUUGUACUGAGGGUUUUAAGAGCUAGUUUGGCUUCGUCCAGAAGCCAACUUAUGCAGCAUCUUCAGUCUAAUCUGAGGUUAGACCAAUCAGGACAAGUUAUGAACGAAAGUGACAGGGAAGAUAUGUGCCGUGCCUGUAUUGCUGCUCAGGAAUCUGCAGCCAUUCAAAUGCUGAUAGAGACCUGUUCAGAGACUCAGGAUGAUAAGAAGAUCCCAGGUCGCCAGUGGGCUCUACAAGAAGUGCGAUCGCUGGUGUGCAGUUACUUGCACCAAGCCUUCAUUGCUGACACAAUGUUGUGCAAACUGGUGCAUUUCCAGACGUAUCCCAGUGAACUCCUCGAAGUCGUGAUCAAAGGAGUUCCAUCGAUGCACAUUUGCUUGGAUUUUUUACAUGAGCUGAUGCAGCAGCCGAGCCUGAACAAACAAAUUUUUGGAAUUCAACUACUGUCACAUGUCAGCUUACAAUACGCACUGCCCAAAAGUCUGAACCUCUGCGUUACAGCGUUGAACUUGCUUUAUGCCUUGUUAGGAGGUCUUUCAAGCAGCCAAAGAGUGAAACUAUUCAAGCCUGUGCUGCCAGCAUUGGUUAGAAUGAGCGAAGCUUUUCCUCCAAUCACAGACGACAUAAUCAAUCUUUUAACGCAAUUGGCCAGGAUUUGCGAGUCGCAGGCGUCUCUAGCGUCACACUUCGAUGCUCAUCUCGGGAAGGGGCUCGAAAUCGCGUCCCAAGAAAGUGCGGAGUUGUGCGAUUUGACCAGACGGACGUUUUUAGAAAUACUCGAUAAAGGGGUUUUGAGGAAGAAUAUUUAUAAGCAAGAGUGAUAUUCAACUUUGUUAGAAAUAUAAUUUUAAUACUGAAA